AGAUCGCAGAGGGUAGUCCGAGUUUGAACUUGGAGCCGCCAUCAACGCGAUCAACACGCGCGACACUUUGCUUCGAUACUGCCUAUUUCGUCACUCGUACUCGCUCUCGGUGACUGCAGCUCAACGACGCGACAAGCGCACGAAAGUCCCACACAUUUGACCCUACCGGCGGCAUUAAUAUGCGCGCGACACUCGCUUCCGGCAAGUCGAAAUUGCGAGAAGCACGGGACGAUUCUUCGAAUCCGAACCGCCACGCCGCGUCACGUCCGAUCCUGUAACUGUUUGCCCGUAUCGCGACGAUUGCGAUUCUCGAAGUAUCGAAUGCACGAACUUUACUCGAUACCGUCGAUACCACGUACCUCCUCCGUAUUGCAUUUGCGUGACGAUAUUCGAGCGACGUUUCGCUACAAAAUUUAUCUUCCCUUUGCUUACUUUGAUCUCGACAAUAAUUCAUGAGCCAUAUUCACCCUCGACAGAUUACAAUCGCGUAGAUCGGCGACUCGAAUUGCAAGCGCAAUUGUUCGCCAUUGUGCGACGAGAACCGCGACCGACACUCAGCUCGGCGCUGCCGGCAACGACCGGUUUCGCAAAAUAUUCGCGUUCGCCCGCGGGUUUACCGGUGUUUUAGUACGACAAACACGCGACGUUCGGUCUCGGCAUUCCCGUCGAUGACAAUUCACACGUGAUACUCACUUUUGACGGGCGGAAACCACACGAGAAUUAUGGAGCGGCUCUUCAACCGAACUCACCCGCUGCGACCCGUUUCGGAAGAGAUCGCAAGAUGGCAGCCGAUACAAUUCCCGAUGCGUCAAUACGUCAGUCAAUUUCGUUACUCAUAUAAUUUCCUCAAAAAUCUAAUUCCCUUAAGAAUCUCAUUAUUUCGAGCACGUCAGGGGUGUUGGAAGUGGUCUUAAUAUCCGACAAGUUAAGGAAAACAAUUAACGUUGAAAACAUACGAUUCAAUUGUUAUUGAAAGCUACUCGGAGGAUUGUUAAAUAAACUAGUGUGGUAAGAUCACGUGAUCGUAACGGUUGCAGCAGUCGUGGUGUUGUCUCGUGUCGGUUCGAAAUCGGAUCGCGGUCGUUCCGUGUAUUCGUCGCGUCUUUUUACACGUCGAGAGCGAAUUCCGUGCACGGACUGGUGUCGGGUGUGCCGAAUCGAGUGACGGACGAGCGCGUCGAUCGGUCCAGGCGAGUCCGAUUUAAACGCGAUGUCUUUUGGCCGUCGUAACCGAUGUCCAUUACGUCCUGCUGUGAAAACACAGCGACACAUGAACAAAACGAGAUUGCGUCCAUUACCAUUUGACAAAACGAAUGCUUCCAGCUUGGUAAGAUGGGACAAAUUGCAAGUAGAACACCUAAAACAUGGAAUGAUCUCAUGAAUGAGAGAGAUUAUGUCUUACACUGGAGCUCUGAAGUAUUGGCAAGGGUACAGGAUAGUGUUAUAAAUGAAGAUACAUUCUUGAUUGAUUACGAUGAUGACAAGAUAGAUAUUAAAAUUGGUACAUGGAUUACAAAUAAUCACGCACUAGUUGAUGAAAUACUUAACAAAUAUCCAAAUGUGCCAGAUGAAUAUCGAACUGUAGUCAAGGCUGAAAUGGAAAAACUUAUCGGAGAAUUACGAACAAAUACACGAAAAGAUUACCAUCGCGCAUAUAACAAUAUAAGAAAGUUCAACAAAAGAGUUGAUUUAUUGGGCAAAAAGGAAAGAGAGAUACACUUCAAAAUACAAGAGCUAAAAGAGGAAUGCACGGAAAACACACAAAAGUUCGAAAAGAAAUUCAGACCACUGCGUGAAAAGGUCUUCAAUAACUUGAUAAUCAGCGAGAAGAUGAUGUUCCAAGAUAAAAGGCUCAAAGUCAAUUUUACUAAAAAGGUUUAUGAUAUCGAUCACAAGAACUUCAACGAUUACGCGAAACGAGUCGAGAAGUUACUGAGAAACUUCGAGAAUAUUGUGUGACGAACGUAGACAACGUAGAUAUCGAGAGAAACGCAAGAGACGUCUCGUUGUCAAUUCAUAGCAA